AUGGAAAUGUUAGGUGAUUUGUUACAGUCUGUAGCUCAGCUGGUAAAGAAUCCAUCUAUAAUGUGGGAGACCUCAAUUCGAUCCCUGGGUUCGGAAGAUCCCCAGGAGGAGGGCACAGCAACCCACUCCAGCAUUCUUGCCUGGAGGAUCCCCAUGGACAGAGGAGCCUGGCAGGCUACAGUCCAUGGGGUCUCAAAGAGUGAGCGACUAAGCAUAGCACAGCACACAGCUGCAGGGGUCUUCCCAAGUGGCACUGGUGGUAAAGAACCCACCUGUCAAUGCAGGAGACAUAAGAGAUGCAGGUUCAAUCCCUUGGUCAGGAAGAUCCCCUGGAGGAGGAAAUGGCAACCCACUCCAGUAUUCUUCCAUGGAUAG